AUGUCGCAGGCUCCCUCCACAGCCUCCUCUGGCACCCGCCCAGGCAACCAGGAAGUGAACAGUUCAGCCACCCGCAUCCCCUCGAAAGUGGCGAUGCAAGACAUUACCACAGAGCUGCACUGCCCGCUGUGCAAAGACUGGUUCAGUGACCCCCUGAUGCUGAGCUGCGGCCACAACUUCUGCCAAGCCUGUAUCCAGAACUUCUGGAAGCUGGAAGCCAAGGAGACCUUCUGCCCCGAGUGCAAGAUGCUGUGCCAGUACAGCAACUGCACGUUCAACCUCGUGCUGGAGAAGCUGGUGGAGAAGGUGAAGAAGCUGCCCCUGCUCAAGGACCAGCCGCAGUGCUCGGAGCAUGGCGAGAACCUGAAGCUGUUCAGCAAGCCCGACGGGAAGCUGGUCUGCUUCCAGUGCAAGGACGCGCGCCUGUCCAUGGGCCCGUCUAAGGAGUUCCUGCAAAUCCCAGACGCGGUGCGACUCUUCACGGAGGAGCUUGCCAUUUACCAGGAUCAAAUGGAGACAACCCUGAAGGAACUGCAGUCUCUCAGGAACAAGCAGAAGGAUGCUAUUGCUUCUUGCAAGGAAGACAAGGUGCAUCUGCAGGAGCAUGUGUCCCUGGAGUUUCUAAAGCUGCACCAGUUUCUGCACAAUAAAGAAAAGGACAUCGUCAACGCUCUCCGGGAAGAAGGGAGAGCCUUGAGUGAGGAGAUGGAGCACAGCCUGAGCCAGCUCCGGGAGCAGUGUCUCCACGCCAAAGACAUGCUGGCGAGCAUAAAGGCUCGGAUGGAGCAGCAGAACGCUUUCGAAUUCCUCAAGGACAUCACAAAUCUCUUGAAUAGCUUGGAUAAAGGAACUCGGGAGCUGGUGCCCCAAGGGCUGAUCUCCAGGAAGCUGGCCCCGGGCCUGUUCCGAGGUCCCAUCCAGUACAUGGUCUGGAAGGAAAUGCAGUUCGCUCUCUCUCCAGGCCUGUAUCCAUUAACUCUGGACCCUAAAACAGCUCACCCGAAUCUAGUGCUUUCCAAAGACCGGACCAGCGUGUGGCACGGUGAUGUGAAGCAGAUCAUGCCCAAUGACCCGGAGAGGUUUGAUUCGAGCGUGGCGGUGCUGGGCUCCAAGGGCUUCACAUCUGGAAAGUGGUACUGGGAAGUGGAAGUAGCCAAGAAGACAAAGUGGACAGUUGGCGUGGCCAGAGAGUCCAUCAUCCGGAAGGGCAACUGUCCUCUAACUCCUGAGCGAGGAUUCUGGCUCCUGAGACUCAGGAACCAGACGGACCUAAAGGCUUUGGAUUUGCCUUCUUGCAGCCUGCAACUGACGAACAACCUCACCAAGGUGGGCAUUUACCUGGACUACGAGGGGGGGCAGGUGUCCUUCUACAAUGCAAAUACCAUGAGCCACAUUUACACCUUCCACAGCACUUUCAUGGAGAAACUUUACCCCUACUUCUGCCCUUGCCUUAAUGAUGGUGGGGAGAAUAAAGAACCACUGCGGAUCCUACAACCAUAG